UAGAUUUCUGAUGGACUUGCGUGACGAACAGAUCGACUAUUCCAGUGUCAAUAGCCUUGUUGGAAAUGAGAAUAUUAUAUUAAAAAAAUCCCAAAGUGAAAUAAAUUUAAUUGUGAGAAAAGGUAGUACAAUAACACAAUUUGAUAAUGAAACGACAGAAAAUAUAUCAUUUACACUUGAUAAAUUAAAGAUUGAUAAUAAAGAAUAUAGUUUUAAUAAAGAUGAUAUUUUAUUAUCACAAGAAACACAAGCAUGUCAGUGUGAAAAAUGUCGUGAAGAAUGUAAAAAAUUAACAAUUCAGAGUCGUGAUAUUUUAACAUCUGAGCUAAUUAAUCAAGGAUUAGAAAUACUUGAUCAUCAAGGUGUUAAACAUUUACCAAAUGAAGUAUCAGCAUGUUUUAAAAAGGAUUCAAGAAUGUGGCUUUGGAAAUCCCAUGAUACAAAAAAAUUAAAUAAAUAA